UUCAUAUGCCAUAUAUUUGUUUUGAGAAAAACUAAUUUCAAAGUUUACUGCAUUUAUGCAAAACAUACAAAUCUACUAGUUAUAUUAACUGGAAAAUACUUCAAAUAUAAGUCAGAGAGUGGAUAUCACUAGAACUAGAGCAGAUAUUGCAAAACUAACCGGAAAUUAAGAAUAUUUCAAAAUGUCAAAAUUGGUGUACGGAACAUUUAAGAGUGACACCGACGAUAUGUUUACUUUUUAAGCCCACGUUUGUUUUGUUUUGAUUUUAAUUCGUAACAAUUUGCACUAUUCUACCUAAUAGGACCGAUACACUUUGUUAAUUUGGAAUAAUAUCAAAAUGAGUGGGGCAGAAAAAGGCAAUCAUAAUUAUGAAAAAUCCUUACACACCGUUGAAGAAAAACAAAACAACAUCGAUAAUUUCAUCAAAUUUCAAAUGCACCAAGUCAAUAAUGCAGAUUUAAAUGUGAAUGCCUUACAGCAAGCAGUGACUACUGUCAGCAUCGACGAUCUCUUUGAAAUACUGGAAAAGAAUUUUGAAUCGUAUCGAAACAUUUCAAAUUUAAAGAAUUUAUUGCCAUUUAUACACUUUAGUCUUCGUCGUUAUGUUCAUAAAGACCAUAGCAAUUUCGAUAUUGGACUAUGUCUUUAUGCUUUUUAUAAAACACACAAGGAAACCGAACAAGACUUAAUGAUAGUGGUUCAAAUAAUUCACCAGUUUCUAUAUUCUCUGAAUGUAUAUGACAGCAACGAAACAAAUGUAGCUGCAAAGGUUUUUGUGGAUCUAGCAAAACAAUUGCCAACAACAGUUGACAGAAAACUUGUGGCGAACAUUAUAGCGUGUCUUCAUUUGUAUAGAAAAAUGCACAAAGACAAUUCCGGAUUGAUCCAAAUCAUUUUGACUGAUCUUCUCGAAUGUUUAAAGACAAUUUCAGUUCAUCGAAAGACACACGUCGAUAUUCUAAUGCAACUAUUUGAUGAUUUUUGUGCCAUCAAUUCGGAUUUAUACUGUGAACCUGUUGUUAUAGCAACAAUACAGACCUUAUUAAAAUCUAGCCAAAGGGAAGAGCGAAAAUCUGCCUAUUGCUUACUUAAGAAAAUGAUCUUAUUUUUUAUAAAAUCACAGAAAGAAAAGGGUAUACUACUUUCUUCCGAUUAUUGGCAGAACAUAGAACGACAUUGGUUGAUAUAUGCAACGAUAUUGGAGAAUUUGGAAGAGAAUCAGUCCCAUUUGAUAUUGCCAUCAUUGGAUAAUCUUAAAGAUGUUAUAAACGGCAAACUACUACAGUCAUCAUGGAUGGAUAUAUUAUUUGUCAGAAUUCUUAGUCAUACCAAUAGUUUGGUUAUACGUUGGUCAAUAGAGUACUUUUUAACCACAUUUACCUCCUCCGAACUGAAUAGUCAUGUUUUGAGACAAUUUCUGGAAGUUUGCAAUUCUAAUAUGCUGUACAAUUGCGAAGGUUAUUUUCUUAAAAGAGAAAAAUUUUCGAAAUUUUUACAAGGUGAUUUGACCAAUGUCUAUGAGUUGAUAGGUGAGAUUAAUUGGAAAGCAGUGCCGUUACAUAAUUUACUGACGGUUUUAAAGAGCUACAAUAACGAAUCUGUUCGUGGAGUUACAUACGAUCAGGUAAUAAAAAUUGCUGCUAGAAUACGUGCCCUACAAGAUUACCACAUUCGACAGUCGGCACUGGCAAUUGCUAAUGAGAUUUUCGAUGGAAUCAUAGAAAAAAUGAAUAUGCGGGAAUACGUUAACUAUGUAGAGGCUCUUUGCAACCCCACGGACAAAUGCAAUGUCUUUGAGAAGCUAUAUUCAAAAGUGGACACCGUGGAGAGCAAUGAAACGGCUAGAUUAUUCGACGGACGUUUUUAUGAAAUAUUGCUCACAAAUAGUCCCUAUUAUAUGGACAAAGAAUUUAUAACUUUCCUCAAAAAACUACCAAUUGCAAUGCAUGGUUGGCUGAAAUAUCUACCAUUUCAUUUGUAUUUUGGAUAUGAUGGGAGCCUUAAAGAAUUUACCGACCUAUACAACAUAAAGAUAGAAGAUUACAACGAACUGAAACUCCCUUGUAACACUGCCGAUAGGAACGAAUAUGAUCAACAUCUCCUGUCCGCCAUAUCAUUCUACGUCCGUAAUUUAAAAUCGUUAGACAACGUAAGUGAGGAUACCUUUAGAAUCAUUUUUAAUCAUAAAUUAACGUGGAAUAUAAUUGAACGCUUAUCCAACCUGCUCAUGGAAACCCAAAGAAGUUUGAGCACUUGGGUCAUAUCUAAUUUAGUUGAUCAAAUUUUACCAUUAGAGGGUGAAUUCGCAAUUAGACCACUGGGGAUCGGGUUACUAAGAUAUUUAGAGAGGAAAGGCUGCCUUAAGGAAUACUUAACGUGUUUAAUUGAAAAACGUCCCUCCUUAAUAUUUUAUUCUCAAACCUGCGUUCUAGGAAAUCCAAUUUUUGAGUCGUGGAAUUAUGGCUGUGACGAUAUUAAGAAGGGGGAUUCCAGAAUUGAGGAAUCAUAUCGAGCGACAUUUUUGGAAAGGCCUAUUAAUACAAUGAGAAAUCUCUGGCUUUACCAAAUAAAUACGUUUGGCGGUGAAGACUAUAUUUUACAUUUAGUAAAUCAACACAAACUUAUUUCGAAAAAGAAACCGCGAUAUUUUGCAAAUUCCUAUGAACACCGCCUGAAAAUAAGAAUAGCUUUAGGUCUUGCUAAUGCCAAUAAAGAUAUUUCUUUCAUCUCUGAUGAUUUGAUGGACUCGUUGUGGUCAAUUCUGUUGGACGAAAAUAAUCAAUUAAAUAUCAGUUACUUUUAUGAGUACAUAGUGGGAACCCUAGGACCAAGUAAGGACGAAUUUCUCAAGAAAUUAAAGGCGGCACAUAGCUUAACAUCAAGUCAGCAGGUGUCAAUUUUGUCAGCACUAUUUACAUUUAGCAUGCGAAAUGCCGAUCAAUUAAACCAUGAGGACAAAAACACAGUUAUUACCGAUUUGGUGGCACUAACGAUGGGUGCUAAUUUCCAUACACGGCUAUUUGCACAGCUGGUUUUAUUCAAUCUUCUAGCGACGAAAGAAUUUCAUGAAAUACCGUAUAGAUCACAACUAAUGAAAUCAAUAGAAGUAGCAACUCAAGGCAAAUUAGAAGAACACUGCAACGACCUACGUCUUUAUUUGUACACAUUUGAUGACGCCUUUGAUGCGUGGAACCUAAUUAUGUAUGUGACAAACGCUCCAUAUGAUGAAAUUGUUAGAAAUUUCAAUGACUCGCUUGAAAUAGAAGAAAGGAUUUCAAAGUGCAAAAUAGCGUUCUCAAAGAAAGUCGAUCGAAAUGUAGAAAAUAAUUCAGAAAAUAAUAUUGUCUGUAAUCAGGUACAAAGAAAAAUGAAUCCCUCCAAAGAGGUUUUGGAGUCAAGUAAUCUAAUGGUAUACCCAGCGAAACAAACGGAUUGUCAGAUGUUUGUUAUUGCAAGUCUUAUUGACAAAUUACCAAAUCUCGGUGGAAUAGCUCGCACUUGCGAUGUUUUAGGCAUAGAAAAUCUUGUUAUGGAUACCAAGAAAGAUGUUGAAAAGAAUGAUUUUAAGAAUUUAAGUAUGACUGCAGAAAAAUCUCUUAACAUAAUGGAAGUUAAAGCAAAUGAUUUAAGAGAUUUCAUAAUUGAAAAGCAAAGAGAAGGAUAUGCUGUUGUGGGUGCUGAACAAACAUGCAAUAGUGAGAAUUUUGUAAACUUCAAAUUUCCUGAAAAAUGCAUAUUGCUUUUGGGCCAUGAAAAGGACGGCAUACCCCCUACAUUGCUAGGUCUUUUAGAUCAUGCGGUCGAAAUACCCCAAUUUGGUCAAGUACGUUCAUUAAAUGUACAUGUAACCGGAGCUUUAUUCAUGUGGGAAUAUUGCAAACAGCAUUUAGUAAAAAGUUUGUAAUCGAAAUAUAUAAGGAAUAAUAAAAGUGCAAUUAAAGUUAA